AUGAACUCGCUGUACACCUCAGGCGUUCGUCAGACAAACUCAAUACUAGCUGAUCUCGAGCGGCUACGCAGUGGCGACAAUUCUGCAUCGUUGCUUGGGCAGAUUUCAGCUUCAUUAGCUGCUAUGCACCGAACUAUAGAUGAUUACGACUCAAUGGCAAAACGCGAAAUGAUAAAAGCCAAGCAAGAAAAAGCACAAAUGCGCGUACAAAAAUUCAGAACAGAUUAUACAGAAAUGAGGAACCAGUUUGAGAGGUUAAAGGCAGAAGUCACGGCAGAGGUGAAAGCUGCUCAGAGAGUCGAGCUCAUUACAUCUGCAAGCCUGGCAUCACCUUCCGCAAAUGCCAGACAACGUUUUCAAACAACAUACUCUCAGAGCAACACCCUUCACCCAGAGCUUGUAUCCGAGUCUCCGUUCAGAGGCCCUUCACCGCAGCCUGGCUUUAGUCUACGUGAUCAACACGCGUUGAACGAACACUCCUUCAUACAGCAAACAGAGUCACGGCUCGACGAGUUUCUCCUGCAAGGCAGAGAAGUGCUGGACAACCUCAGGGAUCAGCGGAGUAUUCUUAAAGGAACACAAAGACGGCUGCUGGAUACUGCAAAUACGUUGGGCUUGAGUCGGAAUGUAAUUGGAUGGAUUGAGAAACGAAGCACACAGGACAUGUAUAUCUUCUUUGGAGGCGCGAUUUUGACAUUUUUCUCCUUCUUCAUGAUAUGGAAAUAUCUAGGUUGA